AUGCUACCUCGACCAGAAGACAAAAAAGAAGAGUCGCACAAUAGCAGUAGCAGUAGCAGUAACAACGCCAAACCUAAAAACCCGGACAUCAAAAUCCCGAGGAUCCAGCCCAUUGAGCAGGACGAGCCGCUGGCGUCCCGCGCCCAGGGCCUGGUGGGCAAGUUUGUCGACGAAUUCGGCAACAUUCUCGACUGGGAUGGCACCGUGCUGGGGUCCGCGGAAGGCGAUCUGCCCUCCAUGGUGGGACGGCCAGUGUCUGAGUCCGGCGAGAUCCUAGACAACACCGGGGAGGUGGUGGGUUAUGUGUCAGAGAACCACACGAGGCCGAAGCUGAGCGACCUGGAGGGCGGGUUGAAGAUUGACGGGGCCGGCAACAUUUACAACAAGAAUGGCGACAUUGUUGGCAAGAUGAAUCAGCCUUCUACGGGGGAGGGAGAGACUUCUGGACAACAAGAUGCGGGCCAGGGCAAGUCGUCGUCACAGGAUGCGGGAGGAAAGGCGAAUGCUGCAACACCAAGUCCAUCAGAGGUGUAUCUGGAUGUCAAAUCAACACACGACGGCAUCCAGCUCAUUAUCAAGAUACCCACCAUUUUCAAAAACGAAAAAUGA